GGAGGAUCAGCUGUUGAGGUAAACAAGGGAGAGGACCGGAGUAACUAUGUCACCCAGAGUAAAUCACCGGGAUGUUUCACCUUUCCUCAGAGCUAUCCGCCAGUUUCUUUUAGGACGAGAGCAUACAAAUGCUCUUCGUCAAGCAGAUUUCUAUGCUUGCCGAUCACAGCCACCCCCCAAUUUACCGCCUGGCGUGAGCGACAAACUCUCCAGCAAUUACUACUACAUGCGUGACGGCCGCCGUGCAGUUAUACCAGACGAGCUGUUAGCUAUUAAUACCUCAACAGGUCCCACUCAGCUACUGUCUGUCUUGCCUGAAGCUGAGGAUGCUGUCGCUGUUGUCAUGAAAAAGCCAAAAAUUCCAGGAGUAGUUCAUGACUAUGGCAGUGGCUUCAACUAAUAGUACUGAUGAUAAUUUUGAAUUCUCGUGAUGUAUGUACAGAUUGUAAAUUACAAUAAAUAGAUUCUAGAC